AGCACACGGUGUCGCUGCAGGCUGAGCCCCGGCGGGGGCGGUCGGGGCGGCGCAGAGCCCGGCUGUGAGCGCGGGGGGGCGGCGCGGGGCGGGCAGGAGAGGAGAGGAGAGGCGGUCGGGGCUUGCGGGCGGCGGCGGGAGCCGUGCGGGGCCCGGGCGGGCGGCGGCGGCUAUGAUGGGCGCGUGUUGGGGGCCGGCGGUGCGGGUGCUGGUGCUGCAGGCGGCGUGGGCGCUGGUCGGCGGUCAGGUGCGCUACUCGGUGCCGGAGGAAGCGAAGGUGGGGACGGUGGUGGGGCGUGUGGCGCAGGAGCUGGGCCUGGAGGCGGGCGAGGCGGAGGCGCGGCGGCUGCGGCUGGUGGCGCAGGGCCGGCGGGCGAGCGUGGAGGUGAGCGGGGCGAGCGGGGCGCUGGUGGUGAGCGGGCGGCUGGACCGGGAGGAGCUGUGCGGGAAGAGCGCGCCCUGCGCCCUGCGCCUGGAGGUGCUGCUCGAGCGGCCGCUGCGCGUCUUCCACGUGGAGCUGGAGGUCACCGACAUCAACGACAACGCCCCGCUCUUCCCCGCCGCCCGCAAGAACCUCAGCAUCCCCGAAUUAAACACCGUGCCGGGGUCCCGUUUCCCGCUGGAGGGCGCGUCGGAUGCGGAUAUCGGAACGAACGCGCAGCUCUCCUACACUCUCAGCCCCAGCGAGCACUUCGGUUUGGAUGUUAAAUCCGCAGAUGAGGAAAGGAAAUUUGUGUUCCUGGUGCUGACAAAACCUCUGGACCGUGAGACGGAGCCCGUGCACCGUUUGUUGCUGACGGCGAGUGACGGGGGCCGUCCGUCUCUGUCGGGCACAAUGGAGCUGGUGAUCUCGGUGCUGGACGCGAACGACAACGCGCCCCAGUUCAACCAAUCGGUGUAUAAAGUGCAGCUGCCGGAGAGCGCUGCAGAGGGGACACUGCUGGUGCGAGUGAACGCCACGGACCCGGACGAAGGUCUCAAUAAGGAGUUUUCUUAUAGUAUCCUGAGUUCGAUUCCUGCUGGGAACAGAGAUAUCUUCACCAUUGAUCCCAAGACGGGGGAGAUCCGUCUCACGGGCACCCUGGACUUUGAAGAAGUCCGUUCGUACGAGAUUCAAAUCGAUGCGAGAGAUAGCGGGACGCCUCCGCUCUCGGGUCACUGCAGCGUGGUGUUGGAGGUUUUGGACGUGAACGACAACGCGCCCGAGGUGCGGGUGACGUCGCUGUCGGUGCCGGUGCCGGAGGACGCGUCGGUGGGGACGGUGGUGGCGGUGCUGAGCGUGUGGGACCGUGACUCGGGGUCGAACGGUCGCGUGCGUUGCUCGGUGUGGCCGGCGAGUCCGUUCGGUCUGGUGUCGUCGGUGUCGGGGUCGUACUCGCUGGUGGUGCGUGAGGCGCUGGACCGGGAGCGCGUGUCGGAGUACGAGGUGGAGGUGCGUGCGGAGGACGGCGGGGCGCCGGCGCUGGUCGGGAGCAGGCGGGUGCGGGUGCCGGUGUCGGACGUGAACGACAACGCGCCGGCGUUCGCGCAGGCCGUGUACACGGUGCUGGCGCGGGAGAACAACGCGGCGGGGGCGGAGCUGGCGCGGGUGCAGGCGCGGGACCCGGACGAGGCGGGCAACGGUCGCGUUCGGUACUCGUUGUGGGAGGGCGGCGUCGGUGCCGCGGGGGCGGUCGGGGGAGAGGUUUCGGCGUCGAGCUACGUGUCGGUGGAGGCGGAGAGCGGUCGCGUGUGGGCGCUGCGUCCGCUGGACUACGAGGAGGUGCAGGUGCUGGAGUUCGAGGUGCGUGCGGUGGACGCGGGGGAGCCGUCGCUGUGCGGCAACGCGACGGUGCAGGUGUGGGUGUUGGACGAGAACGACAACGCGCCGUCGCUGCUGCCGGCCGCGGGCGUCGGGGCGGGCGCCGGGGCGUCGGGCCGGUCGUCGUCGGUCUGGGAGUCGGUGUCGGGAGAGUCGUCGGGUUCGCUGUGGGCGUGGGCGGCGUGGGGGACGCCGGCGGGGCAGGUGGUGGCCAAGAUCCGCGCGGUGGACGCGGACUCGGGCUACAACGCGUGGCUGCGCUACGAGGUGUGGGAGCCGCGGGGGAAGGGCCCGUUCCGCGUGGGGCUGUACAGCGGCGAGGUGAGCACGGCGCGGGCGCUGGAGGAGGCGGACGGCCCGCGGCAGAGGCUGGUGAUCGUGGUGCGGGACCACGGGGAGCCGGCGCGCUCGGCCACGGCCACGCUGAGCGUGUCGCUGGGGGAGGGCGGCGAGGCGGCGUCGGCGGCGUCGGGCGCGGGGUCGCCGGGGCUGCGGGCGUCGUCGGGCGCGGAGGGUGGCUCAUCGUCCUUGUCGUCCUUGUCGUCGUUGUCGUCGUCGACGAACGCGUGGCUGGUGGCGGCCAUCUGCGCGGUGUCGGGGCUGUUGGUGGUGGCGGUGGUGCUGUGCGGAGCGUGGCGGUGGGCGCCGCGGGCGGGCGCGCUGUCGGGGCGCGGGCCGGCGACGCUGGUGUGCGCCAGCCAAGUGGGGAGCUGGUCGUACUCGCAGCGGCAGAGCCGGAGCCUGUGCGUGGCGGAGGGCGCGGGCAAGAGCGACCUGAUGGUGUUCAGCCCCAACUGCCCGCCGCCGCCCGCCGCCGCGGCCAAGGAGACGCAGCCGGAGCCGCCCGCUCUGCUGGACACGGUCAGUGCUGCUCCCUCUCUGGCCUCUCGCCCCGCCCCCCGACGGCCCCGGCCCCUUCUCUCCCUUGUUUCCGUUGUUUCCCCGGGUGUGGGCAGGCGCUUGUGGGAAGCAGGCUGAGCUCUCGGGGUCUGCUUGACAGCUUGUUCUCCCGUACAAUAAAAUCGCUGCUGUCAGGGAUGAGAGGUGCAACGCCAUUGGUUUUCGAGUUAUUCUUGCUGGUGUGUAGCCUUUGCAGCCGAGCUUGCUUCAGGGGUGCAAGAUGUAUGUGCUGUGCCGGUGACUGUCCUCACAGCACUCUACUUCGUUCUCACUGUCGCUGAUUGCAGCCCGCACUGGCAGUCAGUGUGUUUUCUUCCUUCUUUAUGUACGUUUCCCAUGGUUGUUUUUCAAGUACGUGGUAAUUGUGUUCAGUCUUUUGAUGUGUUCAGGGAGAAGAGCAGAGCCAAGUUCUGUGUUUAAAACACUUCACCCUAGGAACCCAACACCUACUGCUUCUGCAGAGUAGAUGCCAUGGUCACACUCUUUUCACCACUAUUUUGUUAUUCUCUCACAGCAUGGAUUUGGUUCUUGUUCCCUUUAGAGUUGUCCUGACCUGUAUAAAUAAUAUUGCUCCCAGAUGUACAACAUCUCCAUUGCGGAAUGCCGAAUGAAGAGAAGAGUGUGAAGUGAAUGUGGUGGUGGCACUGAGUAGGGUCAUGUCGUGAUGUAAAGAGUGACCGUGAGCAGUGGAAAGGCUUGUGUGUAGGAGCUGGAAAUCCUUGGGAAACCAUGAAGGUGCUCGGGGGUGGAAAAAGCCCAUAAAGGCCGAAAUAUGCACAGCACCUCAGUUCUGGUUUUCUCUGGUACAGUUUCUCCCACCCAGCUGAUGUAACGAGUGCUUCUAUGCAUCAGCAUUUACUGAGGUAUGCUCUAAGAACAAAAUCCGUGUGGACUGGUAUAAGAGCUGUGACAGCUCCAAUCAGAGGCUCUGUGAGGACUAUCAUAUAAUGUGCACCACUGUUCUAUGGAAUUUCCACCUUACAUGACUGAAUAGGUCUGAGGUAUUGAGGUUGAAGUUCAGGCAUCUGGGAGGAGUCUGCCAAACACUGUGUGGGUUUGCAUCCAUGCAGAUGUUCUUUGUGCUGAUCCUGAGGGAAGGAGAGGAUAUAUGAUGACCUGGGUCAUGGUCAGCAUGUUGUUUUGAUCUGGGGAAUAUUGCAGUUGUGGAGCAAUGUCCAGGUGUUGUGACAGUGCUGCUGCUCGUGGCAUUGAUCAGGGUCUGUUCCUGUGUCAUGGGGAUGGUGACUUGCAGAGGAGAAAAGGUUUGCCUGAUGGAAAUAAUGAUACUGGGUGGAACGUGGUCUGUGUCAUUGAGGAAGAAAUGGAGAAUAACCGCUAAGGUUUAGAUGUUAUUUCUUGUAGUGUGUCUGUCAUGGUUUUGCUCCAGGUAGCAAGUAGGUACUACAAGGCCACUUGCUCACUCUUGCCCUUCCCCUGGCCUGCUGGAAUGUAGAGGAGAAUGGGAAAAAGAAAAGUAUAACUUGUGGGUUGGGAUAAAGACAGAUUAACAGGACAGCAAAGGAAGAGAAAAACAAUAACAUACAUAAUGACAGAAGAAUAUACAAACUCAAUACUGCACAGUGCAAGCGUAUUGUAUGUGGGUAGCUCUUCAGUCUUCUGUCAUU